GAAAGCAGACACAGGGUGCCCAUAGCGAAGGCAGAGGACUGCGUGAGCCCUGCUGCUGCUCUGGGCAGCUGUACUCACUGUCUGCUCUCACCCAGGCCGCUGUGGUGCCAUCUGCCCAGACCCUGAGGAUCACGGACUUCAGCUUCAGUGACUUUGAGCUGUCUGACCUGGAAACAGCGCUGUGCACGAUCCGGAUGUUCACCGACCUCAACCUCGUGCAGAACUUCCAGAUGAAGCACGAGGUUCUGUGCAGGUGGAUCUUAAGUGUCAAGAAGAAUUAUCGGAAGAACGUCGCCUAUCACAACUGGAGACAUGCCUUCAACACAGCUCAGUGCAUGUUCGCCGCCCUGAAGGCAGGCAAAAUCCAGACCAAGCUGUCGGACCUGGAGGUGCUCGCCCUGCUGAUCGCCGCCCUGAGCCACGACCUGGACCACCGCGGGGUGAACAACUCCUACAUCCAGCGGAGCGAGCACCCGCUGGCCCAGCUGUACUGCCACUCGACCCUGGAGCAUCACCACUUCGACCAGUGCCUCAUGGUGCUCAACAGCCCGGGCAACCAGAUUCUCAGCGGCCUCUCCAUUGAAGAGUACAAGACUGCGCUGAAGAUCAUCAAGCAGGCGAUUCUGGCCACAGACCUAGCCCUGUACAUCAAGAGGCGAGGAGAGUUUUUUGAACUUAUAAGAAAAAACCAAUUCAACUUAGAAGACCCUCACCAAAAGGAGCUGUUUUUAGCGAUGCUGAUGACCGCGUGCGACCUCUCUGCCAUCACGAAGCCCUGGCCCAUUCAGCAACGGAUAGCGGAGCUUGUAGCGGCUGAAUUUUUUGACCAAGGAGACAAAGAGAGAAAAGAGCUCAACAUAGAGCCUGCUGAUCUUAUGAACAGGGAGAAGAAAAACAAAAUCCCAAGCAUGCAAGUCGGCUUCAUAGACGCCAUCUGCUUGCAACUGUAUGAGGUAUUUCCAUGGAAACGACUGGGCUUGCUAAACUCAGACUUAGGAAUUAAAACCCCAAGUAAACUGAAGUGAUUGAUCUUGGGCUUAUAUUUAUUGUUCCUUCUGCUACUGAAUAUGCUGUGUGCAGGGAACAGGGAACACAUUUUAUAUUUACAGCUUCUUAAAAACUUCAUCAAAGCCUAACCAUCUAUUGAGUGCCUACUGUGUGAUAGGUUCUAGGGGCGUAGGGACACUAAGGAUGAUGUGCCCGUGCUGUCCCCGAGGUAUACUGGGCACGCUCUGUGUCAGCAUAUUCUUCGUAAGUGUAAGUUUUAGCCUAAAUAAUGAAAAGUAAUUACCCAGUUCUUUCUCAUUGUAUAGUGUAGCUUAAUAGUGUUAAUAACAUUUUAUGAGGAUUAAAAGGAGGUGGCUGGAAGAAUAUUACGAGUUCCCAUUUCCAUGCACCUCCUGGCCUGGGAUUUUUAUUUUAUAGUUGAAGAUAUUCCCCCUAAAACAUCUGGCUUACUAGGUUAGACGUGCAUGCCCUGUGUACAGAAAUUAGAUGCUGUCCUUGUCUUUAAAAGUUUAAACAGGAAACUACCUUAAGUUUCGUUUGGGGAGAGAACAUUUAUCCAGGCGUUAUCAUAGAAAGUCAAGGCCAGAAGAAACCCCGGAGUCCUGUAAUCCGGACAUUUCCCAGAUGCAGUAACUGAGUCUGGGAAGUUCAUCUCCCAGACGCUGGAAUUCCUGCCCCAGUCAGCCAGGUGCAGGAGAGCCCAUCCUUGCCCGCGCCCAGGGUUCUAGGUAUCUAAAGGGUUUCAUAAGGAA